GCUUUCCUCGUAGACAAUCCCUUUCUGCUACCCACUGCCCUCUCUCACGUCUUAUGGUUACCCUCUCUGCUUGUAUAGGAAGACAGCCACAGCUGAUGAAGAAAGACUCGCGAGUCGUUGUCUUCGCUUCUAAGUUAGGGAUCUAGCCAAAAUAAGUGGAAAUAGUGACAGUAGCGUAUUUGUGUGCGUGUGAAGUGGACAUUAUUUACGUCGCGUUCCAACACCUUCGGUUAGAAGGUACUAGACACGCACGCAACAAUGUGCAAGAAGGAACAGAGCACUUUUGCCAAAUUAUACCUGACUGCGUACAAUGGGCUGCAGGCUGCCAGCUGGAGCUACGUUUUGAUUAAAUCAUUAUCGUUUAUGUUUGAGAAACAAUGUUAUAAAGGAGCUUUCGGGAAUAUUGAACUGGAGUUGGGUGUAGCUCAAACGGCUGGUGUUAUGGAAGUCGUUCACGGUGUUACAGGGCUCGUCAGAGCAAAUCCGUUGCUGACAUUUAUACAAAUGCUGUCGAGAAUUGUGGUGUACUGGGGAAUCCUCGUUGCCGUGCCGGAGUCCCGCUUACAGAUCGGUCUCCCAAUGUUAUUAGUGGCGUGGAGUAUUGCAGAGAUAACGCGUUAUCUCUUUUACGGGUUGAGUUUGUACAAUGCGUGUCCCCCGAUUCUCACGUGGUGCAGAUAUUCGUUUUUCAUCAUCCUUUACCCAAUUGGAGUGAGCGGUGAACUCCUUUCAAUCUACUCAGCUUUGCCGUACGUCAAGGAACGGGGUUUGUUCUCCAUUAAUCUGCCCAACCCAUAUAAUUUCUCGUUUGACUAUCACCUUGUGCUGGUUAUUACGAUGCUCAUUUAUUUGCCUGGCCUACCUAAACUGUAUAGCCACAUGCUUAGCCAGCGCAGUAAGGUCCUCUACCCACCCAAGGAGAAGCAGUAGCUUUGUCACCAUCUUUGAAGUGCAAUAAGCAAGCUAUUUUCCUAACAAAAUUCUUCAAAUCGUGAUCAGUGGACGACUGCAGAACCUUCAGUCAUUGAAAAUAAAGAGCUCUCAUAUUAAAAGUGCUAGGAUACUAAGUCAUGGCCUUUUGCAGCGAGUGAUGACAGAAGUAAUGCCGUGCUCAUAAGCCAUGCACAUGGGAAAUAGACAACAUUAUUUGCUUACAAAUUUUGCUUCUUUAUAAAAAAAAAAUAUCAACAGUGUAUAUUAAUAAUUAUAGUUAUGUUAUAAGGUGAACGUAUUUACGCUGGGCUUGCGUCAAUUAGCCAUUGUACGAAAUCUAACACAGACACAUAUGGUGUAUUAUUGACAGGUGGCUUUCGACUUGAUAAUUUAAAAUUAGUUUAGAGCUGCAGUUUGCAAGAAAAAAUAUAUAAUAAUAUACAUAUAAUAUUUAGAUAUUAAAACGUCUAUAUCGUUAUCAUCAGUGUUCACCUAUCAGGGAUCAGAUUAAAAUGAAGUUUUGAUAAAGCUGCCAAUGCCUUUGUCAUCUGUCAUAAACCAAAGUGCACUAGUGCACUUUGGUGCAAUAGUGCACUAGUGCACUUUGGUGCAAUAGUGCACUAGUGCACUUUGGUGCAAUAGUGCACUAGUGCACUUUGGUGCAAUAGUGCACUAGUGCACUUUGGUGCAAUAGUGCACUAGUGCAAUAGUGCAUUAGUGUAUUAGGUUUCCGCCUUAGGCAAAGAUCAGCUUGAAUAAACGAAAAUAUAAGUAGAUUAGUUCAAUGAUUUUUGAUACUAAAUGUACAAGUGGUACUGCGCUUGAUAUUUAAGUACCCCUUACAAACAAAUUAAUGAAUAAUUACCUAAAUGGCAGAAUAAAUAAUAUCUUCGUAUCUCUUGUUUUUCUUUGCUUGGUAAUCUUUAAUAACGAGCAAGAAACUCUUAAUUCUACUAAAGGUAUUCUGCAAAUGGAAUUUGAUACGAAGAGUCCUGCAAAGUAUUUACUAAGAUUUUAAAAUUAAAUAUUUUGUUAGUUUAUGAUCUUGUGUGUCAAAAUUUCAAAUUAUUGUAAUCAGCUCGUACAUCAGUUAGUGUAAUUACUACCUAUAAAGAAGGAAAGAAUAAAUACGGGCUUUCUGUCAGUGACUUGAACUAGGCUGUAAUCGAUGUUAAAAUUUACGUCGAAAUCCUUGUGCACAGUUUCAACUACAAUUAACACAGCUGGAAGAGACCCACAUCAAACGACACUAAUCAUCCUUCAUAGUUAGUUUAGUACUUAAGUAGACCUGCGACAGAGAUAGUUUGAAAUAACGGUUGGAAAGUGCGCCGAGAAACGACGUUUUCUAAGACAUCCACUGGGUAGGUAGGAAUUUUCGCGCUAAAGAAACAUCUAAUAAACACCAAAACGUGUAGUUAAAUACAGAAGUGAGAUCGGAAAGAGAGUCCAACACUGUUCUUAGUAAGGUUUUUUGACUCCGCAAAGGUUGACUGAUUCUUCGAAGAAUGCUAAUAAUUAUUCGCAAAAUUAUUUUAGAAUUCAUGGAGAGAUGAAGCGUCGUAUAAAAAAUAAAACUCCAUCCAAGAUCGUUCCACAUCACCCAAGUUCGCGAGAAACUUUCAUAAAAUGUGUAUCAGAAGUACCUUUCUUUAAGCCAAUUGUUUCCUUGAAAUCAAUACUGGUAUUUGAUAAAAAUAUUUUCUUCUAAAAAUCUACUUACCGUUUAUGUCAAUCCGCCGUCGUAUAUAUAAAGAUAAGGUAUUCGUUGUCAGACAGUUUUGAAGACCUUGGAAAACCAAACAAUUUUUUCGCCGAGAUAUUUUACACAUACUUAGCUGUUGUCGAUCAAAGUAUUUUGUUUAUAAGACGGCGAUAUUAUUAUAUAUAUGGGAAUCAUAGCAUGAAAGUGAAGAAUAAAACUCGUUUUGUAUCCAGAUUUUAAUGAAUUGGUUAAAUAUUUGCUCUGCGUCGAAAUCAAAUUACGGAUAAAGCCAAUAUUUCUCUUUUCAAGUAAACACUCAGAAUAAAUAUAUAUUUUUUAUUGUAUCGUGUUUUAUUUUUAUUUAUUUUUUCUUAUCUACAUAAGCUUCACCAAGGCCGUCCAGGGCACUAAUGGUAAAACGUGCUCCGCCAAACCUAAAAUUUAUUGGCGGAAAGAAUUAAAAAUCUCAUUCCUUUGUUUCAUGCAUGUUUCUUCCAUUUGUCUUCGUGUUUGCGCUCCUUCCUUUCUCUCUUUUUCUCUUUUACGCUUUCGCUCUGUUCAGUUGGUACAUAGGAAAAGAUAUUCUUUUUCUGUGUACUAACGCGUCGUAAGUUGACCCUUACCGCUACCACGUUCCAGUAAUCAGAAGGAAGUGGUAAGUUAUAAUCAUAUAUUCUAUUCACUCGAUGAUACAUAAGUGCUCC